CCCUCAUCCUGGUGACGUCGCAUAGAUUCAUUACGUCAAAAUCAUGUUUAUCUCCACAGAUGAGCACAAAUCCGCGUGAUCACAACAAGGAGACCGCCAUCAGACUCAAAGAAAUCAGACAUCUGGCACAUUCACAUUUAUGAUGGAAUUAAAGAAAGUGGUCUGUGAGAGCGAGGGGGCGAUGAAAAGCUAUGGCGCGCUGCGCGAGACCAACAGGAGCGCCGACAGAGGCCAGAUGGAUGUGUCCAUGGCGGAGAGCUCCUUGUCUCCAGAUGAGAUCGAGGCAGAAAUGGCUCGGAUUCAGCGCCUGAGGGAGGUGCUGGUGAGACGCGAAUCUGAACUGCGCUUCAUGAUGGAUGAUAUUCAGCUCUGUAGAGAGAUUAUGAGUCUAAAACAAGAGCUGAGAACGAUUGUAACAAUGUCAGACGCAGAGAAGACAAAGAAGCAUCGUCAGAGAGAAGAGAAAUUAAUCCAAGAGAUUCAUCAACUGGUGCAGAAGAGAGAUUUUCUGGUGGAUGACGCAGAGGUCGAGCGACUGAGGGAGCAAGAGGAAGACAAAGAGAUGACUGAGUUUCUUCAACAGAAGCUCAGUGUUAUACAGAAAGCUCCAAAGGCCAGAACGACAGACCCUCCACCCUACAAACCUUCCAUCACCAAGACCAGUGUGGCCAUCAUUAAAGACUGCUGUGGAGCGACUCUGUGUGCCAUCAUGUGAUGAUGUGAGACCAGCCGAAGACUCACAGCUCUUAUUGUUAAGAUUUCACAAGUAAUAUUAAGUGAAUUUGUAUUUGUUUGGCUUAAUUUACUGCAUCACCAAAGCCACUCAGGUUAAAUCUAGCACCAACUCAUUCACAAACUAUCCAGAGGGAUCAGGAGGAACAGCAGAGGAUUAUGGGUAACUUCCCAUUAUAAUAGUGCAGGGUAGUAGAUAUGUUCCAAUACCCUUUAUCCAUUCCCGAUACCUGGGCCGAGGGCCGAUACGGAGUACUGAUCUGAUACCUGGAUGUGUAUCUGUAUACAGCUCAUAUACUACCAGCCCUGUGUGAAUUGAUAAGAAUUAUUUUAUGGUGUGCUUCAGACUUAUCCCUUAAUAAAACAUGAACAGAGACAUACAGUGAACUAGAGUUUUUGGAUUAUCUAACAAACAUCUGACAGUAAUAUUUUUUAUUUUUCUUGAGUCGCAGUUUUACUGGCUGGUUGGGCCACUCUGAAAUACUGCUAGCACGUUUUCAUUUCUUCUGUGUUGCUCUAAACAUUGUAUUAUUGCUCCUGUAUGACAUAUCGCUUAUUGCUCCCUUUACUCUCUGUAAGUGGCUUUGGAUAAAAGCAUCUGCUAAAUGACUAAAUGUAAAUGUAAACAGUGGUUGCUUGUGAUGACACAGCACAACUUCCUGUGUUUGCAUUCUGAGCAGCGAAGAAGAAUUGAUUUCCCAUGUGCAGCGUUAAGCAAAGCUGGCGGGCAUAACUGGGUCCUGUUUAAGAGAAUGGUAUCGGAUCGGUACAUGGAUUCAGGUACUCGCCGAUACCAGAAUUUCACGUGGUAUCGGUGGCAUUUCGGUUACUAGAAUCGUAACAACCCAACAGGGUAGAAAUAGUCAAGUAUUUUGAAGUUUCUGUCACUAGCAGCGUCUCGUAACCCCUUGUUAAACCAUAACUGGUCAUAGUUUAACCAGUACAGUUACUUCCACAAUGUAAACAGCUGAAAAAUGAUUCAGGAUUUUUCUCUUUUGCUCACAUCCAUCAUGAUUUUUUCUUUGAAAUAAGAGGUUCAGGAAUAUGUAUUCAAGUAAAUGGAAUCAAUUAUGAUUUCAUACUGAUUUAGUUUGCCAUUCAAACAUACAAUAUAAACAUGAAGUC